ACCUUCCUAAAUAACACAUAUUCUUUCAGUUCCCUUAUCAUUUCUGUGAAUCUUAUUGCAUAUUCUCCGGAGCAUCCCUUUACAAUAUAGAAAUCAGAACUUCAAGUACAGUCCAACGAAAGGGCAACAUCACCCUCCUCCCUUUCACUUUGAUCCCUGAGCUCGCGGAACGUUUCUCCGGGGCCGGGCUGUCGGAGAGUCCUAGUCACCGACGGACAGCGGGAGGGAAGUGGAAUGAACAUGAGUCGGAGGCUGAAAGAGGUGACACAGCAGGCUCUACGCUUACACUGCCACCUCCACAGGAUUCAGGCAGCACGUACGUACUGGCAGCUCGCCACUACAUCGGAGAGAGAUGAUGGUCAUAAUGCAGGCACUUGGCCACGUGCCUGUCGUGGUGUCAGUACAGCUGGGAUUUCCAGGCGGUCUGAGAAAACAUCAUCAAACUCUCUUUCUGCUGCAAAGAUCAGAUCUGAGUUUUUAGAGGGUCUCGGGCAGACUGCUGCAGAGCGUUCUGGGAGGUCUGGCAUUGAUCCCUCAGUGCUGGAGAGUGUGAUCGACUCAAUUCUGAAGCUGGGACUAAGCCAGGCUCAGGUAAAAGCAGCUGCUCACGUUUGAAUCCCCAAAAUCACUGUGCAGCCUCCACAGAAGAGCCUCACUGCACUCAAUGUACUCAACCUCCUCGGCCUAAACCCAAGUAAUAUUAUCAAGAUCCUGGAGAAAUGUCCAGAGCUGCUUGGAACAAAGGCACAUCAACUUCAACCACUCAUUGAGAGCCUACAGAAGUAUGGGCUGGGAGAAGGCAGUCUACAACGUGUCUUGGUGCAUUCCCCACAGAUCCUGAAACCUCUCUGCAAAAGAGUGAACAACACAGUACGUUUCUUCAAAGACAAGUGUAUUUUUACAGCUGCUCAGAUCACAGAAUCCUUCGGACUUCACCUAAUGUCCUUUUCCGAGAAAUUUGAAGAAUUGGAAUAUAAGUUCCAGUAUGCCUACUUCAGAAUGGGUAUAAAACAAUCAGAAAUCGCAAAAUCCAUGUUAUUCCGGGUGUCAUUGGAAGAACUGAAGCAGCGGCACAUAUUCUUGGAACGGCUGGGACUUUACCAGACUCCAGAUAAGAAGGGACAGACUCAGAUUGUAAACCCAAAACUGAAGGACGUACUCUCCACCACUGAGGACUAUUUUCUGGCUAAAGUGGCCAGGUCAACCCAGGAACAGUUUGACAUCUUUAAGAAGCUACUGAGCCGUGAGGAGAUAGAGAAAGAAGAACUAGAGUCCUUAGAAGGGGGAGAUGAAGAGGAGCAACUGGAGGAGGACUACAGCAGUGAGGAAGAUAAUGGAUCAUUUUGGAGAAAUCACUGAGGUUAUAUUCCUGAAGGGGAUUAGGAGUUGGUGGUGAUUAAGUGGAGUGUUCAUGCUGGCGGACAUCAAUUAAAAUUGCAAAUGAAAAACAAAAGUACUAUUCAUUUUUUAAAAAACCACAUUCUCUGCUAGACUUUGUACAUAUGACCCUGUUUUAAAAUUGGUGUAAUGUAAUUAUAAACCAAGGUGAUUACUGUCAUGGUAAGGUGCUAUGGCAGUGCAGACCCUCUUUCAGUUACCCAUCAGCUGUUACUAGUCUGGUUGAGGUAAUCAGCUCCACACAUGUGAUACAUGUCAGAAAUAUGUUUGAAGUAAAUACAACUUGCAGGUUACCAUGAUUUCCUCAAUUGAGGAAAAGACCAAUGAAAACAUACUUUAAACACAAAUCAGUUUGAGAUAAACUUUACUGUUUACACAGCACAAAUACAAAAAUAUUGUAUGUAAAAGGUCAAGGAGGUACAAAGCUUAAAUAAUUCAUUCUGACACUUGGAAUCUUUAUGAAAUAUAUAAUAGAUUACACUUUAUAUAAUUCUCAUGACACUUGGUGAUCCCAACAGGUUUGGCAAGGUCAGGAUAAUGGUUAAAACAGUUCUAAUUGUUUCUGACUAGUCUGGUAAGAUGUUGUAGGUGUUGAAUUACACAUCACAGCAUUUAGGUACCAUUUGUACACACGAUGAUACCAAAUAUUUAUAAUCAGUCAAUGUAUAACUAAGGUCCCUGAAAGCUUACUAUACAGAGCAGAAAUUAACAAUUUAUAAUAAUUUUGACCUGUCAAACUAAGUUUUGUAAAUAUACAGAGUUUUGUAACACAUUGUAGAUAUAGCCAGACUAAAUCAGAAGUUGGAAUUAGUGUCAUUGUUGUGAAUGGGAGUAUAGGACAUUCUUUUGUUGUGGCUGUAUAUAACACAUUAAAGUAGGAUGGUAGAAAAGCAAUGCAGUUCAGAAGAGAAGCAGAAAUGUUUUUAAAUCAGGCUUCUGAAAAAUGGAGGUCGGGACCUGAAAUGUAGUUGUCAGCUGAGACAGCAGUAGCUACCAUGGAACGAAGAUUAACAGCAACACUUCAGCUUUAACAGCAUGCAAAUCCCCUCACCCACACCCUCUGCACACCAAUGUCUCACCAAGGGGCCCUCAGCUCUUGAAAUGGGCUCACAGGGGAGAAAGAUUUUGGGAAGUGCUGAUUUAUAUUCCCAACGUGCAGGGAGACUUUUAUCUCACAGCACCUUGUAACACAUGGGAAACAAAGAUAGCAAUAGUCUACUCAUGUCGUAAGAUAGAGUUGGUUAUACUAUUGAAGAACAGCUGACUAUUUCUUUAGGGAAGUGUGUAGUGCAAAGGUUAGCAAUCUGUUAGCCAAGUUGCUUUUUUUUGGAAUAGAAACCAGCUUUAUUAAAAAUAAACUGCCAGAACACCAGAAUAUAACUUAAAUGCACAAAAACAUUAAAUUAAAAUAACUAUCCAUUAACUUACUUCAUAUGGAAGCAAAGCUUUCGUGGUAACUUUAAUCUGGAACUAAGCAAUGCUGGAGAAUUCAGACUGCAGUCCUCGAAUGAAGAGAGAUAAUGAUGUCUAUCACUAAAUGGUUUCAUCAUUCAAUCCUUUGUUUUACAGUAAAAUGUAUAACUUUAGCAAGAAAUCAGUUAUAAAUUUGAGAAAUUUACUGAAAUCAGUUUGAGGAGUAGGCAAGAAGCGCAGGAAACCUUAAGCAAAUGCAUUUUAUAGGUUGCAAAUAACAUUAGAUGAUAGAACAAUGUAGAAUAUUGGUGACUGAAAGGUUUCAGUUUAAAAAAAACAGUAUGCUGGAAACAUUCACUUGGGAUUGCUGAUCAUCUCAGGAAAUCUACAGAACAACACUGUACAAUAAAUGACUUCAAUGAACCCUGAUUUCAACUCAAUUUCUCAAUAAAGGUGAAUUCAUUUGUUUUAAGUGCAAUAGUCCAUGUAGCUUAACAAGAUGUUGCUUUCUAAAAAUUCUGACCAAACUCUCUCCCUAGGUUCUGCAAAAUAAGCAUUAUGAAUUAUGACUCAUGCAGUGUAUAGCUCAACCCCAGCUGAAAUAGCAGUUCAGAGUGCGCAGUGAGGGGCUGUCUGGUUGUUGUUUCACACAAAUACCAAAACAUAUCUGUAAUAAAUCAAAUUCCCAAUGCACUAUCAACCAGAAACUGAAAUAAAAGAGCAAGCUUAAUUGAUUGUCAGAUUUCAAAGAUUUCCAAGAUGCUCUGAUCAGUGAACAAUGAUGAAUGGUCACAAAGAGCAAAACUAACAUUCCUGAUGUGUCUUAUUGACAUUCAGUACCCUCA